AUGGAAGCGGAUUUAAGAUGCAACGUCGUGCAAUGUCGUAAAGCUUUAAAUAAUGAAGACAUUAUAGUGGAAAUUUGUUCAAGAGCGUUAUCAUUUUGGACAUAUCAAACAACUCAAGAAGCUUGUUUUCAAGAAAUAAUGUACAAAAGUUUAGAAGAAAAGUAUACACAAUUGGAGAAACAAGUACAAGGAAUAAUGAGAGAUGCUCAAGUUGAAAUUACAACAUUAACAAAAGAUAUGGAACUUGAAAAACGGAAAAGUCAUGACUUAGCAGAACAGUUACAAGAAAAAGGAAGACAAUUUUCAAAACUACAGUCGAUGUAUGAUAAGUUAAAACGUCGAUCGUUAGUUCCAACGAUACAACAAACGAUAAAUAAUACUACUACUGGUAUCGGAAAUAUUGGUAUAGGAACAAGGCAAAGUGGUGUUCCUAUCCAACGUUUAUACGGAGAUAAUUUAAUGUCGAACAAUAAUAGAACGCAAACGUGGAACUCGGGAAAUGGUCAAGUUGUUUUUGGUGCUUAUAAAGAUGGAUCACUUACAGAUUCAGUAUCCAAAUUAAUUCCUGAAAAUCUUCAAAAAAAUAUUCAAGAGCAAUUACAGUUUUCAGGAAUCAAAGGAAAAUUAGGUGAAAUUCGACUAUUUUAUGGUAUUGGAGGAAGUGAAGAUAUUCCAAAAAAGAUAGCAGUGGUUGGAUUAGGAACUAAUAAAAACAAUAAUGAAGAAGAAUUCCAAGCUUUGGAAAGAGCACGUAAAGCGGCCGCAAUUGGGGUACGUUCUUUACGCGAAAUAGGAGCAAAAAAUAUUGGAGUUGAUGUGAUGACACAUGAACACGGUGCUGCUGAAGGUGCAACUCUUGGAUUGUAUAAUUUUGAUAGCUUAAAGUCUGAAAAAAAUCGCAAGUCACCAGUUAAUAUUGAACCAAUUGGUGUGUCAUUAGAAGAAUCCAAAUCUUCAAUAAAAGAAGAAUUAACAUGGAAUACCGGACUUAUUUAUGCAAUUGCUCAAAAUAAUGCACGCAAACUUGCUGAAACACCCGCAAACCAUAUGACGCCAACUCAUUUUGUGGAGGAAAUCAAAUCAUUAUUAAAAGAUAUUUCCAAUGUUGAAGUUAUUGUUCAUGAUAAAGAAUGGGUGAUAGAAAAUGGGAUGAAUUCUUUCUUAUCGGUAGCUAAAGGUUCUAAUGAACCAUUGAAAUUUUUAGAAAUUCAUUAUAAAGGCGGUGAAGAAGGAAAAAAGCCAUUAGCAUUGGUUGGUAAAGGAAUAACUUUUGAUUCUGGUGGAAUUUCACUUAAACCAUCAGCAAAAAUGGCAGAAAUGAAGGGAGAUAUGGGAGGUGCAGCAGCAGUCUCAUCAGCAUUUUAUGGUAUUGCUAAACUUGGUUUACCAAUAAAUGUUGUGGCAACUAUUCCGUUAUGUGAAAAUAUGCCUUCAGGUCGUGCAAUUAAACCUGGUGAUGUUGUUAAAGCUAUGAAUGGUAAAUCAAUUGAGAUUGAUAACACGGAUGCUGAAGGUCGUCUUAUUCUUGCUGAUGCAUUAUACUAUACUAGUUCUACGUUUAAACCUCAUAGUUUGAUUGAUAUAGCCACUUUAACUGGUGCAAUAUUUAUUUCAUUAGGAGAAAUUUAUUCUGCAGUAUUUACUAAUUCUAAAAAACUUUGGAGAAAAUUAUCAAAUGCUGGAAAAAUUACAAAUGACCCUUUUUGGCGUAUGCCUUUAAAUGAAGGAUAUAUUAAAUCUCUUAAAAAGUCUACAGUAGCAGAUUUGGUAAAUAUUGGUGAGAGAGGUGGAGGAUCAUGUAUAGCUGCAAUAUUUUUAAAAGAAUUUGUAAGUGGUUUGACUAUGACAACAGAAGGUGAAAAUAAUAAUGAAAAGGGAGAAGAAAAAGGAGAAGGAAGUAUAAGUAUUGAUAAGGAAUUAGGGGAUGCUGAUAAAGAGAAAAAGAUUCGUUAUGCUCAUAUUGACAUGGCAGGAGUUAUGAUAACUUCACAAGAUUCUGGAUAUGAUGUGAAAGGAAUGACUGGACGGCCAACUCGUUCUAUAAUUGAAUUCGCUAGGAACAUUUCUAAAGAUCAAGAUUUUCAAUAA